AAGGCCACAACGCCAGUCCACCCUCGGAUCACAAUUCAACGGCCCGAACACCUUCUCACCAACUCAAGAGCGGCGGCGGCAGCCACCCUGCCUCCCGGCGGACUCGAUCGAAGCGCAGCGCAGCGCCGCCGCUGUUGCCAAAGGCUCUUUUCUUUUGUUCCGUCCAACACCACCACCCCGGCGACGCUAUGGAGAAGAGCAGUGGCACCGCCGCUGGAGGCAGCGCGCCGCCUUCGCCGUUCCACAUGGAGGAUUUCCAGCUGGAGGGGAAGAAGCCCGUCAAGAACCCCUUCGUCCCCAUCGGUGCAUUGGUGACUGCUGGAGUUCUGACUGCUGGUCUGAUCAGCUUCCGAUAUGGGAACUCUCAACUGGGCCAAAAACUGAUGAGGGCGCGUGUUGUUGCGCAAGGUGCAACAGUCGCUCUAAUGAUUGGCAGUGCUUACUACUAUGGUGAUCAAAUCAAGCUGUUUAAGAAAGGAUCUAGCCCAUGAACUUCGCUGGAUCGGAUGUUGCUCCUUUUAGUAUAUGGAAUGCCAUAUGUACGCUGAAAUUGCACCUGGAUCCUGCUGUGUGUCCCUCCUAACAUUGGGCUUAACCCUGUCAUUUUGGCCUGACAUGUAAUAGCUAACCAGAAAUGGGUAUUGGUUCAAUCGGCAGGCCUGAUAAUAAAUAAUUUAUUUGUUGAUUA